AUGACGCUAGAGUGUAAAACUUAGAAUAAUUAGCAUCAAGAAUUUAUUUGUUUAUUAAUAAAUUAAUAAUAAAUCCUAAGUCCUAUUCAUACAGUUUAAAAGAUAAUUAGAAUAUAAUAAAAAGAUAACACACAUUAAGAGAGACAUUUAAAUAGAGUAAUUGCAUAAGAAAAAAUCAGCUCACACCAUAUAUUAGUUUAAAAAUAAUUAUCAUUCAUUUCAAUCCUAAUUUACUUAAAUUAAUGUAUGUAAAUAAUAUAUUUAUACAUUCUUUGUACAUAGUCUUCAUUCAUCCUUUCAUUCUAAGCUUAAAUCAUUUCAAAAAAUUAAAUAUUUAUUCGCUCAUUUAUUUAAUUUGUCAUUCUUUAAUCUUUUUAGCUUAAUUUUCAAAUAAAAUACUUUUAAAAUGAAUAAAUAUAUUUUUAUUUUGAAUAUACUAACAUCCCAGAUUAUUCCAUUCUUUUUUAUAUUCUAAAAGCUAUUCCUUUUUAUAGAUAAUUCUUGUGA